UAUAAAGGCGGUUGGCUUGAGUAACGAAUCACAAAGCAGUUCUGAUCGAUAAACGAACGUCGUCGGGGUAACGAAUGCGAACGAAGAGUACCGAAGGGAGUCGAAGUAUUACGGAAAGUACCGAGCAUUAACGAAACGUAGAAGGGAGGAAACGAGACGCGUAUACGAACGACGCUGUAAGGUCUUCUUCGGCUUCGGUUGAAAGAAAGUGUUCGCGUCUACGGGCGCGGCUUUUGAGUCUCGAGCUGGCGUUUUACAUGGGAAAAUGUCUUCCCUCAACUAUCUCGACUUGUGUCGACUCUGUCUCGUGAAGGAACGUGUUACUGUGCCGAUUUUUGAGGGCGAGGGUGAUACAAGACAAAUUUAUCUCAAGAUAACCGCCUGCCUACCGGUCAAGGUUGAUAGAGAAGACAAGUUACCUAAGAAAAUAUGUAAUGACUGCGUGUAUAAAGUAGAAUUUAUUUAUGACUUUUGGAAUACGUCUGCUAGUUCACAAAAGAAAUUCUUAGAAUGGUUGGGAGAAGAUGGUUUGGAAGACAAACCAAAUUAUGCUACAAAUGUUCUCAAUCAGAACAUAAUGAAAUCAGAUCCAAACGGUGGUAACAGAUUAGAUGGAAGUAUGAUGCAGCAAGUAAGCGAGCAUCAAAACAAUAUAGGUAUGGGUAUGAUGGACAACAUAAAUCUGAGUAUCCCCAUGAUAAUGUCCUCGACCAAUCAACAACAAAUAACCUCAGUUCCUAUGGACACAAGCGUUAGUUCUGUACAAUCUGUGCAAGAAAUGCCUGGUACAAGUACUCAAUCUACGCACGAACAAAUCACACAAAGUCAAACUAACACGAGUAAUCAACAAGAAGAAGAGGAAGAGAGUAGCGAAGAAGAAGAAAAUUCGGAAGAUGAAUGUGAUGGAGAUGAAGGCCUACCUGUUAAAGAAGAAAAUGAAGAAGAUCCGAACAAUAGCAGAGUUAUUGAACCAACAACAUUUGUAAACGUUUCAUUAGCCUGUGAUGAAGCUGGACCUUCGGGACUUCAACAACAGAAAGUUACUGAGAUACCUGAAAUGGCAAUGCAACAAAAUGCAGAAGGAGAUCCUAAAUCUGGAUAUGAUCACGAGGCUACUUACGACUCUCGCGGUAUUUUCUUCUACGAUAAAGAAUCAGUGGUAAUGAGGAAAUGGCAGAUUUUAGAGUUCGAUGGAAAGCCGUAUUAUGCAUUUGUACCAGAGGAUGACAUACCUUUACCAGACGAUAAUAUUCCUGAAGACUUGGAGGAGAUCACAAAGAAUGGCGAAGAAUUUUUGAAAGAAGGGGACGAAAUGGAAGAUGAAUUAGAAGAAGGUGAAGAAUAUAAUAAAGAAUCAAAAGAUGAAUGCUUUUAUGCAGAAGAAAGUUUACAAUAUGAUUCAAUAGAUGAGAACCUUUAUGAAGAAGGAAAUAUUUUUAAUAGGAAUUACGAGCAAAAGGAAGAAGAAGAGGAUGUAAAACCGAUUAUACUUAAUGGUAGUAACAAAAUAGAUAGUAAAAACACGGUAGGAGAUUUAUAUCAGUUGAAACUUCAAGGUAGCACAGUAACUCUCGAAAAGCUUUUCUCUACAGAUGCCAACGUAAAAUCUGAACAUAUUUUUCAAACUGAGGAAACUUAUAACAAAGAUGCUGAAGAUGAAGGAGAAGUAGAAUAUCUCGAAAGUGAAAUCUUAGAAUCUACGGAUGAUCCUGUAUCUCCAACGAAAAGUAAAAAAAAAGUUUCGAACACUGCAUUAAAAUGUAAACUCUGUUCGGAGAUGUUUAACUCAGCUAUAUCUUUUCGAAAGCAUGUUGCGUGGACUCACAAAAAAAAAGUGUGUAUAAAAGAGGACGGUGCUUACAUAUGCGCUGUGUGUGAUUAUAGAACAUUAAAGAAAAGCUUGUUCGCAGCACAUCUUGAAAGAAAACACGAAACUUGGUCUAGGAAACGACAGAACAAUGUAUUAUUUCCUUGUGCUGCUUGCGGAUUCGAAUGUAGGUCCAAACACUCAUUACAGUCACAUUUUAUAAGAAAACAUACAGAUCGAUAUGAACAUCAAUGCAAAUUUUGUCCCAAAAAGUUUAAAGUUAAGGGUGAUCUCACGAAUCACGUAAGAUUCCAUCAUAAAGAAAAACCAUUAAAUUGUAACGUUUGCGGAAAGCUCUGUCAAAACAGUGGUUCUCUUUAUGUUCAUCAGAAAUGGGCUCAUUAUAAACCGAAAUACGAAUGUCAUAUUUGUAAAAGACGAAUGGUGACUCAGGAAAAUCUUGACCAGCAUCUUUUAAUGCAACAUGAAAAGAGAGAAAAAAUCGUAUGCGCGGAAUGUGGUAAAACCUUCACAAAAAAAGAUUCUUUUAAGAGACAUAUGGCUGUCCAUACUGGAUGCAAACCGCAUUCUUGUCUAAUUUGUAAAAAGCCUUUUGCAAGAAGAUCACAACUAAGACAGCACUUGCUAAUACACACAGGAAAGCGACCAUUUGUUUGUGACAUUUGUGGAAAAGCUUUUACUCAAAAACCAGGUCUAAUUUGUCACAGAAAGACACAUCCUGGUCCUCAUCCACCAUUACCUGUGAUGCCAAUCGCUGACAUCGUUAAGGAAUUUACUGAGGAAUAUGUUCAAGAAAUCAAUGCUCGUGAAAAUGAUGAGAGAUUUGUUGAGGAAACAUAAAUAUCCGAUCCAUUGAGUGUGGACAUUAAAUCCGCUCAUCAGUCUUCAUUGAAACUUGAAUACGACGAACACAACGAAACAAGAUCCUUGAAACAAGCUGAUAACGAGGAUAUCUCUCAAAAAGAAAUAUCUGUUCUCAUUGUAGAUCGCUUCAAAGAUGAGAGUACAUUAAAUAUCAAAGGAAAUUCGAAAAGGAAAGUAGAUAAAAACGUGGAAUGUGAUCAUUGUCAACGAAGAUUCAGAAAAAAAAGUAAUCUGAUAGAACACUUAAAACAACACAAACAUAAAUGUACCGAUUGUUCGAAGACAUUUAGUCUUCGACGUUAUUUAAUCUCUCACAUUGAGAAAAUUCAUCAUCGUCAGAUCUACGAGUGUAGCGUUUGCGAGUAUAAAAGUAAUAACAAAGGUACCCUGAAGAAUCAUUAUAUUUGUCUGCACACCAACAGUUAUGAUUAUUCCUGUGAUACCUGUGGCAAAUUAUUCAAGAUCAAAAAGGCUUUGAAUCAUCAUGUUAAACAGAAUCACAGUGGCGCACCGCCCAUUGUAUGCGAUGUUUGUGGACACUUCAGCAAGAAUCUUCAUGCAUUGAAGGCUCACAUGAAGUAUAGACAUUAUAAACCUGAGUUCGUGUGUCGUAUUUGUAGACGCGGUAUGACCACUCGUGAAAAUCUUGAACAACACUUAGCUUGGCACGAGAACAGAGAAAAGGUUCUCUGUCCUACAUGUGGGAAAAGAUUUCGAGGUCGUGAUCUUGAUUCUCACAUGCGAAUACACACUGGUGUUAAACCUUUUCCCUGUCCAGUUUGUGGUAAAUCUUUUAGAAGACAAACUGCUCAAGAACAACACGUUCUUAUACACACCGGAAAAAGACCUUACAUUUGUGAUAUUUGUGGACAGGCUUUUGCACAAAAACCUGGCCUAAUUUGUCAUAGAAAAAGACAUCCUGGUCCUUUACCACCUCUACCUGUAGUGUCUGUGAAAAGUAUAGUUACUGAAUUCACUAGAGAAUAUUCAACGAAAAAUACGAUAAAGAUAGAGCAACAGAAGAAGAAAUCGCAAGAUAUGCAUGAGUGUAUCAAGUGCCGUGCUCGUUUCCGUCACAUGAUGAAAUUAGUCGAACAUUUGAAAAAUCUUCAUAGUAUUGAACGUGCAUUCCAUUGCGACGAAUGUGGAAAAGCUUUUCGUAGUCCAAUGAACAUAACACGUCACAAACUGAUCCAUACUGGUCAAAAAAAAUUUACUUGCGAUAUUUGCGAUUACGCUUCUAAUCAAAAAUCAAACUUGGAGUCUCAUCUUCGUAGGCAUAGAAAGGAUUACGUUUACAAGUGUGAAAAGUGUAACAAAGGAUUCUUCGAUCGGGCAGAAUAUGAAGAACAUUUUAAUGUACAUGUAAAAGAUAAAUUUUAUCAAUGUGAAUACUGUAAAAAAUUGUAUUUAUAUAAGAAAAACUUGACUAGGCAUUUGAAAACUCAACAUGUGAAUUUAUCGUCUAAUACAAAUGUUCUAAGUCCAACAACGAACAAACUCAUUGGCAAAAUCUACUUGUCCGAUGAAAAGUUGUUAAAAAACAAAUCUUCUAAAGUAAUCACUAGGAAAUAUCUUUGUGAUUUGUGUGGUAAAGCGUUAUCCUCGCAUAAUAGACUGGCGAUUCAUAGACGUGUACAUACAGGUGAAAAAAUAGCCAAUUGUGAAAUGUGUGCUAAGAAAUUUACUAGUAAAGAGAAUUUAAAAAUUCAUUUGCGAAUUCACACUGGAGAAAAACCACACAUUUGCUCCGAAUGUGGUAGACGUUUUACACAAAGAACAUCUUUGGUUAUGCAUCUUCGUUAUCAUUCGGGAGAUAGACCAUUUAAAUGUCCUGAUUGUGAUAAGAGUUUCAUUUCCAGUACGUUUCUUAAGAACCAUCGUAAAGUACAUAACAAGGGCUCUAUCAACAUUGACAAAAUGAUACAAUCAAAAUUUAAUAAUUUCAUUGUCAUAUCGCAUUUUUACAGAUACGAGAUGAACGAGAAAGUCUGUGAUCUAUGCGAACAAAAAUUCCUCUUCGUAACAAGAUUGGUUGCUCAUCUAAGAAUUAUUCAUGGGAUUCAUCGACCAUUUAAAUGUAUGAUCUGUGAAAAAAACUACCCUCAACAAUUUAUGCUAAAUGCUCAUGUAAAAAAAUGUCACACACCAAAAACUGUACUGUGUACGCAAUGUACCUUUAUGGGCGUUGAUACGAGUGACGUAGAGAGACAUAAAAAGCGUCAUCAUCGAGAAGAAAAGUUUACUUGUGAGAUAUGUAGUGAGAUAUUUACUGAGAAAGAUGCACUCAUCGCUCAUACGACUAUGCAUAAUUUUAUGAAGCACCAUCAGUGUAAUGCAUGUGGUGAAACAUUUAAUGAUGUUUUAAGCUUGAAAGAACAUAAUCGUUUGCAUCAUUACGAUCCCAAUAGUGUAAUGAUAGACAACAAGCACGUGCAAUCGGAUCGUCAAAGUUCGGAUCACAAAUGUGAAAUUUGUGGAAAAAUGUACAAAUACAAAUCCAUUUUAAAACAGCACAAAGUGAAGGCCCACGGUAACUCGUUGAACUACGAAAAACGUCGAUAUCUUUGUGCUUUGUGUGGCAAGGAACUAAAAACAGCAAAAGGUCUGGAGAUUCAUAACAGAUCACAUACAGGUGAAAAACCAUAUACGUGCGAAAUUUGCGGCAAGUGUUUUGCUUGCGAAACUAUUUUAAGGACUCAUAAUGUCACCCACACGGGUGAAAGAAAAUAUUCAUGUGAUCAAUGUGGUAAAGCAUUCACGCAAAGAUCCACACUUGUUGUUCACAAAAGAUAUCAUUCAGGUGAAAGACCCUAUGUGUGUUCUCAGUGUGGUAAGGGUUUCGUCACUAGAACGGUUUUGAAUACUCACAUGAAAUCGUGUCGAUGAAGAAUUAUACUUUUGUGAUUUAAAAAAAUCUGAUCUUUCUACUCACACUUCCAUGCAUAUGGAUUUUGACAACUACAUUUACACUUGCCAAAUAAAUUUGUAUACAAUACAUGAAAAUUCUUCCCAGGUGAAAUUGAACGAUUGAACGUAUUAAUGAUUACAUGUGACGAAGUAAGGUUGUUUAGGAUUAAUUAAUUUAUUAUAAUGUAUGACUCUAAAAUAAUAUAUAUUGACGCGUGAACUAGGUGAUCGAGUU